AUGUUCGCAAGGCCUGGCUUUCGUUUGAUAGCUGCUUCAACGCAUCUGCCCCGUUCCAUACUACCACUCGGACGCACACCUCCGAAUUCGAUUGUUCGUUGUUCACCCCACUUUCCCACUAGGCUGUUCUCUACGCAUACACCAAAGAUGGCUCAAGAGUGGAAACUCAAGGAUCUGGCCAAGCUCGACCUCAAGGAAUUGGACAAAGUCGAGGUCGAAGUGGAGGGCAUCGAAGGUGGAAAAGUCCUGCUUGUCAAAGUCGGCGAUCAGAUCUCUGCGUUGAACGCCAAUUGUACACAUUAUGGUGCGCCCUUGAAGAACGGCGUCCUCACGCCAGAAGGUCGAUUGACGUGUCCAUGGCAUGGUGCCUGCUUUAACACCAAGACCGGCGAUGUCGAAGACUCACCUGCACCUUUUGCCCUUAACAAGUUCAACGUUGUUGAAAGAGAUGGAGGAGUGUACAUCUCUGGAAAGGAAGCAGAUAUCAAGGGUGGAAAGAGACCGGUCAAUGUCAAGACAACGCCCAGCUCACAAGAAAGAGUCGUCAUGGUAGGAGGUGGCUCAGGUACAUUCGGUGCCAUCCUCAAACUCCGUCAACAUGGAUACCAAGGCCAUGUCACCGUCAUCACAGGUGAAGGACUCCCAAUUGACCGAACAAAACUGUCAAAAGCCCUCAUCACAGAUGCGUCACAAAUCUACCUGCAACCUGAACAAUUCUACAAGGAUGGUUCCAUAGAAUUCUUCUCCGACACCGUGACCAGUGUGGACUUUGACUCUCGAGAAGUAAAGACCAAGACAGGCAAGGCAUUCCCAUAUACCAAACUCAUCCUUGCCAGCGGCGGCACACCGCGAAACCUCCCACUGCCUGGGUUCAAGGAUCUCUCCAAUAUCUUCCUAUUGCGACAGAUUAGUGACACUCAAGCAAUCAUGAAUGCGGUAGGUGAUGGAAACAAGAAGAUUGUGAUUGUCGGGUCAAGCUUCAUCGGCAUGGAAGUUGCCAACGCCCUGGCCAAAAACAACUCCGUCAGCAUCGUGGGCAUGGAGUCCGCACCCAUGGAACGUGUCAUGGGAGCCGAGGUGGGGAAAAUCUUCCAGAAGAUGCUCGAGAAGAACGGUGGCAAGUUCUACCUCAACGCCAGCGUCGACUCUGCAGUUCCAGCCUCGAAGGUUGCCAACGCGGUCGGCCUGAGCUCAGUCGGGGCAGUCAAGCUGAAAGAUGGCACCGAACUCGAGGCCGACCUCGUCAUUCUCGGCAUCGGUGUCAAGCCCGCGACAGAAUACCUCGAGAACAACGCCAAGGUCAAGUUGGAGAAGGACGGCAGUGUCGCCGUGGACAAGAACUUUGCGGUCAACGGACUCAGCGAUGUCUAUGCUAUUGGCGACAUCGCCACGUACCCUUACAAUGGGCCCGCCGGGAACGACACUCCUGUGCGCAUCGAACAUUGGAACGUCGCGCAGAACAUGGGUCGGACCGUCGGGCAGCUGAUCGCCCAGCCAGGAAGUAAGCCGAAACCAUUCAUCCCGAUCUUCUGGUCCGCCUUGGGUAGCCAGUUGAGGUACUGUGGCUCGACGCCGAACGGCUGGGAUGACGUGGUGAUCAAAGGCGAGCCCGACAAUGGCAAGUUUGCGGCCUAUUACUGCAAGGGCGACACGGUCGUCGCGGUGGCCAGUAUGAUGAUGGAUCCGAUAAUGGUCAAAUGUGCCGAGUUGAUGAGACACAACAAGAUGCCUUCGAAGAAGGAGAUUCAAGGAGGAGAGGAUGUGUUACAAGCUAGUCUAUGA